AUGUUGGUUGCAGUUAGGACCCCUCCAUAUAAUAGUUGGAAAGAUCCCGCCGAAAGAGUAAUGUCUGUGCUCAACUUUGGUGCCCAAAGUGUUGGUCUUAUGCGGCAAGAAUCGCCUAUAUUAGAGCCAAUCAUUAAGAACUGCAACAACAUGAAGAGUAUUCGAAGAGUCCAUGAAGAUAACACAGAUGCAAAG